UUGUUCCUUGCAGGCACAAGAUGUUGGUACAAAGAGGCUGCUGGGCUCUGGGUAAACUUCUGUCCCAUUGCUCCAACUUUGCUGUCCCCACUGCUCCCCGCUAUUUGUCUCGAUUCUGUUCUUCGUGGGCAGGAGGGAGAAGACGCAGUUAUUGGAGAUAUCUCAGGAGAUCUGUGCUAGGUACUCCCACGCCGCCGUACUCCAGAGUGACACAGACAGGAGAUCCGGUGCUGCGUUGCCAAGCUGCGCCUGUUCCUCCUGCCCGCAUUACCCACCCCGAUACUGUUAAGGUGCUGGAUCGCAUGGUACGAGUCCUGAGGGCAGGUGGUUGCGUGGGGCUUAGUGCACCGCAGCUUGGGGUUCCCCUUCGUAUCCUGGCUGUGGAGCUCUCUGAACAGAUGUGUCGGAUGGUGCCCCCAGAAGUGCUGGCUGCACGUGAGAUGGCCCCAUUCCCACUUCAGGUCUUCAUUAAUCCUGAAAUGCAUGUUUUGGACUCUCGAACACUUAGCUUUCCGGAGGGCUGCAGUAGCGUCCGGGGAUUCUCUGCUGUAGUGCCACGAUAUUAUUCGGUAGAGCUAUCCGGUCUGAACACUAAGGGUGAGCGCAUAAGUUGGCAGGCUAAAGGCUGGGCAGCUCGGAUUGUCCAGCACGAGAUGGACCAUUUGAAUGGAGUUCUGUAUAUCGAUAAGAUGGAUCCACGUACCUUUACCAACGUUAACUGGGCAGAAGUAAAUGACUGAGAAAUGCUGCAUCAUUUUGUAUGACCUGAAACCUGAAAAUUUUGUAUGACCUGAAACAACUGCUUUGUACCAGGCAGAGCCAUGUACAUAGAUGGAUGUUCACAGGAAGAAUACUGCUCAGUUGGGACAGUGCCCGUUUUCCCAUAACCAGCGAAAGCUUAAAUUUUCUUUGCAUUAAAUAUUUAAGUUACAGAAAUUAAGGUAUUGUUACUACGCUUUCACCGCUCUGUUUAUGAUUAUUUUUAUAGCAGUGCACAAUGCAAUCAAACAGUUAUUUUGAGGGAUUACUGCCAGGGCGAGCAUCCAAAUUCUGAGUUGAGGGUACAAUUGCUGUUGGAGGCAAAUGGUCUGCAGUGCCCCCAUCAUAAAA